GCCGAUGUUGCUUGGCUUUCAAGCGGUUAGCUCGCAGCUAAUGUUAACGCUGGCAAUUUCCGCCUGUUUCUCCAUAAUACUGCAUAUACCGUCAAGUAUUACACAAAGCUCAUCUGCAGUUGGGUAUUCUGCUGCUCACGACAGCGUCAUCGUGUAUGGGAAGAUGAAUGGACACCCUCCUUCAGCUGUGUGGAGAUGACCUGCCACCCCAUCGGGAAUGGUCAGAAUGGGGCCAGAUGUGCCCCUUCUUAAUGAGUACAAGCAGGAGUUCUUCUGGAAGCGCUUCCCUCAGACAGUGUUGGGGGGUCCACGCUUCAAGUUGGGCUACUGCGCCCCACCGUAUGUCUAUGUCAAUCAGGCAGUCUUGUUCUUGACACCAUGGCUUUUUGGGGGCAUCGGUACUCUGCUCUGCCAGCUGCAGCUGCUUCAGGAGCUCCACGCCACAGUGCUCUCUGGUAUGCUUAUGUUCGGGGCUGCAGCGGGUGUCCAGGCCCUGGCAUUGUAUGCUGCUCGGAGGAGUGGCACAGUGGAGAGACUCGGUGCGCCCAACAUUCUGGUUGAUGAAGAGGAAGUGGAAUUCACCCACUGCGUCAGCCCAGAGACUGUCCGAUUUAUUGCCCCUGGGAAGAGGUUUGGGCUCAAUGUGGUGCUGCACACAGUCCUAGCUGGAGUGCUCUGUGGCUUUGGGACAUGGUAUGUGUUCCUUGGCAGACUGACUGCUCUCUACGGCAGCAUCGGUGUCUCCCUGGUCGUCUUUGUCCUGAGUUGGGUGACGCUGUGUAUAGCUGAGUAUUCCCUCAUUGUAAAUACAGCCACAGAGACGGCCACUUUCCAGGCACAGGACACUUAUGAGAUCACCCCACUCACCCGGCCCCUCUACAUUUUUAUUUUCAUCGCUGUGGACUUGGCUGAUAGGUUCUCAGGCCCUGUCCCCGAACUCCAACUGGCCAGCCAGGUUCUCCAUGUGCUGUUCCUCUUCCUACCUCUGCUGUGGGCCCUAGGUAUCCUGCCUCCCCUGGACGCCCUGCUCCUCUGGGGAAUGGAGCAGGCUCUCGUGUUUGGCUUAGGAGGCUCGCCCAUGUCCAGCAACCUCAGGCUGCUGUUGAUGUUUGGUGUAUCUGCCGGCGUAGCUGUGUGUAAUUACUUCAUCCCGUCAACACUGGGUGUGGUUCUCUUCUCCAUCUCUACGGGAUUUCUGCUGAGUUUGGACCUCAGCCAGAUUGGCACACUCUGCACAGGUCCCAGGGCAGCCUUUGGGGACCGUGGAUUUCGCAGGGGAGGGUCACCACCUCCUCCUCCCAGUUCCUUUGGCUGGAAUCUGGGCUGCAGGGAGGUGCUGCUAUAUUUGAGCUUGCUGCUGGUGGCGAUGGCAGAGGCAGGGCUGUUGCAUCAUUUCCUCGGUUCAUCUCAGUCCCAGAGCUUGGUUACGGGACCCCAGGCUCCUGUUAGUUACCUCCUCCUCGUACUCUUCUGCCUCUGCUGGGCUCUCAGAGAGAUCCAGGGGGCCUAUGUAUUUGGAGGAGUGUUCCUCAAUCCCCUGUACCCUAAAGGCAUGUCCAGUGUGCAGACUUUCAAGCAGAAGAACAGAGGAUUAUACAUUGCUGCAGCCAUCAGAAGAGUCCUUCUUUAUCUUGUGUCUCCGUUUGCAAUGAUUGCUUUCCUGUCUAUGGACAAAUCUUUGCAGUUGCUCCACAGGGCUUCCCUCAGUGUGGGAUUCACACGAGCCUUUAGAGUGGUGUGGCAGAGUUCAGAAGAUGCUCUGCUGCAAAUGGUGGUUGUGGUCUUGAUGCGGCUUGCAGCUGGUAACAACAUGCUGCCAGGGUGGGACAACCUGGGCUCUGGAGUUCAGCUUCUUCUGGUGGGCCUCCUGAUUGACAGACUGACCCAGUUCUUUGCCAAGCUAAAGUUCACCCUGACUGUGUUGGUGACAUCUUGGACAGAGAAGAAGCAGCGCCGCCAGUCGGCUGGAACUCUCUUGGCUUUGAAUGCCUCCCUAUGCCCACUGCUGCUGGCGGUGGUGACCCUCUCUGCCCUGCUCUCGGCCCCUCUGCUGCCACUCUUCACCCUGCCUAUCUUCCUAGUGGGGUUCCCCAGGCCUCAGCGCAGUUGGCCAGGCCCCGUAGGUACCGCCUGUCCCUGCCCGGACUCCAUCUUCUACCAGCAGAUGAGUGGAAGUCUGGCCUCCGCUCUGAGGACGGCCUUUGCAAGAGGGUCACUGGGUUCUUUAGCCCCAGGCUCUCAUUUUCUUGGCCGCUUUCAGGACCGUAUGGUUUGGAUAAUGAUCCUGGAGAGAGGAUAUGGCUACUGUACAGUUAAUAUUAAGGGUCUGGAGCUGCAAGAGACAUCUUGUCACACAGUGGAGGCACGGAGGGUGGAUGAGGUGUUUGAAGCUGCCUUUGAGCGCCCUGAGCGGCUCGGUUUCACCCAGGGUUUGAACCUGCACUGGGGGAACGCCCUCACCCCUUGUGCUGCCCUUGCAGUGCGUGUGUACUCUGAUGCCCGAAAUGUUCUCUCUGGCAUUAUUGACUCUCAUGACAACUUGAGGAAACUUCAGGAUGACUUUCUGAAAGUGCUGGUCUGGUUGCUCCUCCGAUACUGCGUGCAGAAGCACAAAGGAUUUCUGUGGAGCAGUGAAGAAGGGCCAGGGGUUGGAGGCAGGAAGUCCCAGUCUUCCCAGUUGGCCCAGACCACUUGUACUCAGCCACCUGAAGCUGUUUUGGUGGAAUCCAAUGUGUCUUCUCUCAGGUUCAGACAGGACAGCUCCAGUUUGACCUCUUUUGGUGAUUGGUCAGAUGAGGAUGACUUAUUUGGACCUCAACCAGCCAGGCGGACAGUGGCAUUAGUGACUGCAGAGGCCCAGCCUGGACACACAGCGCCGCAGACAGGGGCCUCGCUGCCAGGCUCCGUGGAGAUGGACAGUCUUUUUGAAAAUAUGGCUCUCUCUGCCCUGCAGCCACUGCAGCCUCUGGGUCUGGGCAUUGGGAUGCCAGCAGUGGAUAAAGGCCGUAACCCAGAAGUCUUCAGAGAGAGUCCCGGUUCUCUUCCUCAGCUGAACUUCAGCUGCCCCCAGUCGGAGAUAUUCAACCUGCCAACAGGGUGGAGGACAGCACCUUUGCUACCAUCCCGCUUGCUUCAGCUCAGGCCUUUGUUUCCUGAUGACUGGUUUCGGUUCACCUUGGGGCAGUUUGGGCCUGCUGUGCAGGGCGAGACCUCAGAGGACAUGACCAAAGCCCUGAAGGAGGAUGAAGCCUUGAAAGAGCUGCACACACAGGUAGCACUUUCAUGUCUCAUCUCACUGGGGGCAGAGUCGGCCUUCACCAGUCCCAGUUACAUCUACAGACUCUACUGUGGAGAUAUACCAUGGACGGAAGGACUCGACUGGCUCUCUUCAAGUAAAGAACUUUACCAACUUGCACUUCGUGCUUUCAGGUUCAGUUUCAAGCUGCUGUUUGAUCAAGCAAGUCUAGGGCCCAUGGAGUCCCCUGAGGAAUUGUUCAGCACCUUGGAGGAAUAUGAAAGGGAUUGGUACAUUGGCCUGGUGACAGAGAAAGGCUGGCAUGACAGUGUGCUUCAGGAGAAACCCUUUUUAUUCUCUCUAGGACAUGACCUCGCUAUGGGUACAUAUACGGGGCGUGUCCUAUCCCUGCAAGAGCAGCUGGUGCAUGUGGGCCGUCUGAAUGGAGAGGGGGUGCGAGGCCAGUGGGCAAACCUUUCCUGGGAGCUCCUGUAUGCUACUAAUGACGAUGAGGAGCGUUACAGCAUCCAGGCUCACCCUUUUAUGCUAAGGAACCUCACUGUUCAGGCAGCUGAUCCCCCUCUUGGAUACCCCAUUUACUCCUCAGCCCCCCUUCACUUCCCCUGCCUCUGACCUGUGGCUUUCUUCUGCCCUUUCUGCUGAACAUACUCUGGAGAAGGAGCACAAUGCUUUUGAGUUGGUACUACCACAGCAAAAUGUCAAUUUCCAGAGUUAAUGGUUAUUAGGAAAAUCAUGUGGAAACUAUAGCAAAAUCAAGAGAAAACUUCAAUCAACUUUUGGAGUGUUACUUCUGAAACUUUGGCUCACAUGAGUUCAGAUAGGUAAUGUCUGUAUGGGAACCUACUUUGUUUUUCUUUUACAUUGAUAUGACUUUUUUGGUGCCUCAUUUCCUGCACCGCAGAGGAUGAAGCAGUGGCUUCACCACUGUUCUCUUGUAAGUUGCAAAAUCUUGUGUAACAGGUUUUAACUGACAAUGUGGACUACCUCCUUAGAACAGCACAUUAAAGAUGAAAAAUUCCAUUUGAACAUUUGUAUCUUGAAAGAGUCCCUGGUAGGUUUCCAACGAAGCACAUAUGUUUUGUGGUUUAUUAAUGUUUGUGCUUAAAAAGAAGUGAAUCAAUUUGCCCACCUCCCCUCUAGACAACACCUGCUGAAUACCUCUGGUUUUAUUGUACUUUUUUCAGAUUUCACAAUUUUCAGGUGAUUCCCCUCAAUGUCCACACAAACGGGACAAGAAUUUUAAUGUUUUGUUCAGAUAUCGAGGAUGUGCCUUGGAUAUGUCUUGCUGUAUGUGUAAGGUGUUUAGUGCUAUUGUUUUGUUUACAAUUCACUUGUUUACAAUUUAGAAUGAAGAGUUAAAUGAAUUUGUCCAUGGUCUCUUGUACAUAUUGUUAAUUUUUAUAUGUGUAACUGAAUAUAAUUAUAAUA